AUGUUUGUCACGAUCGGAUGCCAUCCCAGGAAUGCAGCCGAGUUUGACAAGUUCCGUGGCGGACCUGACGCCUACCUCAAUGCCCAAAAGGCUUUUCUUCUUGACCCAGCCAAUAAGAAGAAGAUUGUUGCCAUUGGCGAAUGUGGACUCGAAACACAGUUGGAGCAUUUCCACCGUCAUUUCGAACUGGCCUCGAUGACAGGGCUGCCCAUGUUCCUGCAUGACCGCAAUACUGGUGGUGACUUUGCAAAGAUCAUUACUGAGAACCGGAGUCGGUUCAAGGAUGGUAUCGUCCAUUCUUUUACAGGCACUCAAGAGGAACUGAAGACUUAUAUUGAUCUGGGAUUGUAUAUCAGUCUCAACGGCUGCUCGCUGAAGACAGAAGAGAACUUGAAGGUUGCGGCACAAGUGCCACUGGACCGACUGAUGAUCGAGACGGAUGGACCCUGGUGCGAGAUCCGUCCGACCCACGCGUCAUUCAAGCAUCUGAAGAUGACCAAGGAACAACAGGACAUGUAUAAACCGCGCGCUGUACACAAGGAGCGCUUUGAGUUUGGAAACAUGGUCAAAGGAAGAAAUGAGCCCUGCACGAUCGGGUAA